GCAUCAGUUAUACAGGAAGAAGCUCUUCUCAGUCACAAUCUUCUGUUGUUAGGCUUAGGUUAUCGAUCCGUGUGUGUUCGAACCAUUGAUCUCAAACCUUGAGCGUGCCAGUGUGUACCGGUUUUUUUCGAGAUUACUGUUUGUCAAGAUUCUCGAAUUGACUGAUUUGUCGACAGGUUGUAUUGGAUGAGUCUCCACUACCACGAUAUCGCCAGAUUUCAAACCAGACCACUGCAUACAUGAUCUAUCUCAGGUUGAUCAGACUGAAUGUAAAUGGAAAGGCAUGAAUGAGUUCGCACUCCAUCAUUAUGGAAAUCUUCUUCUACUCGUACCGCAGUAUUCUAAGCUUCAACUUCAUUAGUCGGGUAGUUCCGCACCCAUCUCAUCCAAAGAAAUCACACGUCUUCAUGGCAGACAAUAGAGCACAGCGGCGGUUAGCCCCGCGCAUCUCCCCUGGCACCCCGUAUUAUUCUCUUCUAGAGCAAAUACACCUCAUAAACAACGGAGCACAAGGCCCGCUCGUCUCUCCUGACACUUCGCAUCACUCUCUUCUAGCGAAAUCGCUUCUCAUAGCACACAAUAGAACACAGCAGGUGGCCCCGCUCGUCUCCCCUGACACCCCGUCUCAUUGUACUUCCCACAUCCAGUCAACAACUCUGACAGUCCAGCCCCUCUCCCGGACCCGUCAUCUUGGAAGAUUCACAGACAAGCGGGGUGACGUGAUACCGCCUCUCGUAGACCGUUCUUCGUCUCCCAUGUCCAAUCGCACGCGACAGCGGCUAUUGGAAGCGCGGAAGCGUGCCAUGUCUGAGUCAGUCCGCACAGGUCGCAGGGUCACCAUCAUGGACGUCAUCCUGGAUUCCGCGCCGCCAUUGACGACUGUGCAACCUUAUUGCUGCGCCGCCAAGUCAUCUUACCGUCCUCGUAUGCAGAAAACUUACGCGCCCAAAGCCCCUCUUGGCAAAAUGGAGCUGUACAGGUUUAAGCAGAACCAUAUCACUACACUAGCUAUGCAAAAGGCGCGCGGUCGGACGGGGCCUAACGUUUCUGCGGAAAGGUCCACCAGUCUGUGGCCGCCGAAUAUUGGAUGACGGCAAUCAUGAUACUCGCAUGGUUGCGCUAGGGUUCUUUGAUCAGUGAUUGCGACGUUUCUGUUAGUGUCCCUUAUAGUAUACUACUGGGGGCCAUUGUUAUUCCCCUUUGCGUAAUACAUAUUUUGGGAAUCCCCCUAGCCGCCAUUGCUUGACGUCUAUUGCUGUACAGGACAAAAGGGAGAGAUCUACGCUUUGAUCCGCCGGCCUACACAUCUACCGCGAUUAUUCGUAUGUACCCUUCUCACGACAAACAUAGUUCGACGUUGUUCGC